AUGCCUCCAGGACAGACAGGCCUUGGCUAUUUCUCAGUGCCGUUCGAGCGAUUUGCACGCGACGAGAUAUCAGACUGGGCGAGCGGAUUUACCUUGCUAGAUACUCUGGAGACAUUCUUCGACUCUCGGUUAGACCUCAUUCAACGCCAGCUCGCGAAACGUAGCGAGAAGCUCAAGAUGCGCGCGGAAGAGACAAUCAACGACGUGUUCAAGAAAGAUCUCUUCAAGCGGCGAGGCUCGAUGCACACCACGCAGCAGCUUGAUAUGGAGAUGCAGAAGUUCAAGGCGAAGAUAUCUGCAAGGGUUACGAAGCUUGCAGCGACAUGGCAUACCUCCAAUGUUGUACGGCUCCGCGAAAAGCUCACCUUCUUCUGGGGUGUUAUGUCCUUGUUGAUCACAUCUCUACUGUUUGGGAUGGCUCCCGAGUGGAUACAUAUCGCAUAUACUCUGCAAGCCGCGUUCUACCUACCUAUGCGCGUCUACCUGUACAAGAAGCGGGCCUGGCACUACUUCCUCUUCGACUUGUGUUACUACGCGAAUAUCCUCAACUUCAUCUACAUCUGGAUCCUUCCAGCCAAUCCCGCCCUGUUUGUAGCUUGCUACUGUCUUUCACAUGGAUCGCUUGCGUCUGCGGUAAUCACAUGGAGGAACAGUCUCGUCUUCCACGACUUCGACAAAGUCACGUCCCUCUUCAUCCAUGUCUACCCUCCAUUGACAUUCACUGUCAUCCGGCAUUACUAUCCAAACGCCGCAGAGCGCUUUCCCGCUGUAAUGGAAGUCCCGCACCUCCGGCCUAUGAGAGCACUGCUAUUAAGCGGCAUCAUCUAUUUGAUAUGGCAGGUACUCUACUGGAAGUUCGUCUUCGUCGAUCGGCGCAAGAAGAUCGAGUCUGGCCAACGCACAACAUCGCUCUCGUUCCUAUUGAACGAUAAGCGAGGUGUCAUCGGCCGCGCGCUGUCAAGAGUGCCUCCACAGUAUCGCACGCUAUCCUUCAUGAUCGGCCAGUAUGGGUAUUCGGUCUUGACCGAGCUGCCCGCCAUUCUGGUGCUCUAUAGAAGCCCAUUCUGGAGUGGCGCAUUCCUCAUCUUCAUCUUCGCUGUCAGCGUAUGGAAUGGCGGUGGAUUCUACAUUGAGGUUUUCGGUCGCAAGUUCGAACGUGAACUUGAGGCGCUACGGAAAGAACUCGCGGAAGGGACCCACUCUCGCUCGAAUUCGACCAUGUCUAGCCCUACGCUCGCACCGCAAGACGACGACGAUCUGUCUACUGUCAACGGCUCUCCGGACAUCGUUCCGAAGAACCUCUCCCCAGAGAUCCCUACCCCGGACCUUCCCACGGAGAACGGCACACCCGUAGCAUGA